GAAUUUGGAAAUCCUGUACAAAAAAGUAGAUCUAAAGUCACGGCAUUAAUGGACUGCUUUCUGUUCUGGGUCGCGCUAGCUUUCGUGAUGGUUACUGCCCGUUUUUUUUUUUUUCUUUUUUAACGCGCAUAAUUAUGUCUGAUAAAGAAACUCAAGCCAAGACCCUUUUCGAAGAAGGAAAACUUGCUUUUAAUAAAGGGGAAUACUCUGCAAGUAUCACCAAACUCGGUGAAGCAUGUCAACUAUUAGACGAAGUUAAUGGUUGUCUUGCACCUGCUAAUGGCGAUGCUUAUUUUCUUUAUGGUGAAGCUUUACUCCAGUUUGCCAUUCAACAAAAUACAGUUCUUGGACAGUCUGCACAAGCUUCGGCUACUGCUGUUGAAGAACAACAAGAAAUCGAAAAAGAAGAACAAGUUGAAUCCAGCAAUCCUUUAUUUCAAUUAGGUGCGAUGCCUGAUUUCACAACUAAAGCUGAGGUAGCUGAAGAAAGUGACGACAACGACGACGAAGAAGAAGAGGGCCAAGAUUCUGCCGAUGAUGAUUUUGAAGCAGCUUGGGAUAUUUUGGAUGUUGCUCGAGUCAUAUUUGAAAAGGGCGAAGAUAAAAACUCUCAGUUAAAGCUGGCUGAUGUCCAUUUAUGCCUGGGUGAUGUGUCACUUGAAACUGAAAAGUUCAAUGAAGCGUUGACAGAUUAUGAAAAGGCAAUUGAGAUAAAGCAAUCCGUUUUGGAAGACGACAACAGAGAAUUGGCCGAAGCUCAUUACAAGUACGCCCUUGCACUUGAAUUUUCUUCCGAUAAAGCAGAUCAAGCUCUUCCAGAAUUACAAAAAGCAGUUGCAGUAUUGAAAAAGAGAAUCGAAACCUUGGAAGUGGGUAAUGGAAAAGGCAAAGGAAAAGAAGUCGCUGAUUUGGAUACCAAAGCUCAAGAUGAAAUCACAGAUAUUAAGAGUCUCAUUCCGGAUAUGGAACUCAAGAUUGAAGAACUCUCUAACAGACAAGCUACUGAAAAAGAGGCCGAAGCAUUGUUAAAAGCCAUGUUAGGUAUCGGAAAGGGCAGCAAGGCCAAAGAAAUUUCAGAUGCCACUCCUGUAAAUGAUUUAUCAACUCUUGUAAAGCGUAAAGUAAAAGCCAUUGUCACAGAGGAGGAUUCUAAAGACAAGAAGCAAAAGUUGGAAUAGAGGAUCCCGUUAUGUUCUGUCUCAAGAGCAGCUUCGAUGCAUACACAAGUGUGUAUGAAGCAAAGAAGAUCCUCAAAUUUGUAGAAUUUCAAAUAAAGUUUUUUUUUUAUAUGUACAUCAAA